UAACCUCACAUUUUUAAAAAGUAAACAAACGUCAACUAUAAAAAUGAUUAAAACAAUAUACAAUAAUUUUAUUUAAUUUUCAGUAAAAAGUACAAUGGUAAACUUUAAAAUAUGGAGCGUUUUAAUUUAUGUUAUUUUACUCUCACUCGUGGGUCAAUUUUACGCCCUACGAACCUACACAAAACAGCAAUUAGAACAAUUAAGGGAUGAAGUUAAAGUAAUGUUCUACCAUGCCUACGACAGCUAUUUAAAAUACGCGGAGCCUUAUGAUGAAUUAAGACCAAUCAGCUGUGAUGGUAUUGAUACUUAUGGAAGUUAUUCUCUGACCCUCAUUGAUGCACUAGACACUUUAGCUAUUAUGGGCAACUACACAGAAUUUCAAAGGGUAGUUGACAUUCUUUCAACAAAAACCGAUUUUGAUUCAAACAUAAAUGUUUCAGUGUUUGAAACUAAUAUUAGGAUAAUUGGUGGAUUGCUUAGUGCCCAUUUAUUAUCACACAAAGCAGGUGUUAAAGUUGAACCAGGCUACCCGUGCAAUGGCCCACUUUUAAGACUAGCAGAAGAUGUAGCUAAAAGGCUUAUAGUUGCUUUUGACACUAAAACUGGGAUGCCUUAUGGUACCAUCAACCUUAGGCAUGGAGUACCAAAAGAUGAAACCCCAGUGACUUGCACUGCUGGCAUUGGUACUUUUAUUGUCGAAUUUGGGACUCUUAGUAGGUUGACUGGGGAUCCGAUAUAUGAAGAGGUGGCCUUGAAUGCACUUUAUGCCUUAUUUAACCAUAGAUCGUCAAUAGGUUUGUUUGGGAACCAUAUUGAUACUAAUACAGGCAGAUGGACAGCUCAGGAUGCAGGCAUUGGAUCUGGGGUAGAUUCUUAUUUUGAAUAUUUGGUGAAAGGCUCCAUUUUAUUACAGAGGCCUGAGUUAAUGGUAAUGUUUAAUGAAGCCAAAAAGGGUAUCGACAAGCAUUUGAAAAAGGAUGACUGGUACAUUUGGGCUUCUAUGACAAAGGGCCAGGUCACUUUGCCCGUUUUUCAGUCUCUGGAGUCUUUUUGGCCUGGGGUUUUAAGCCUUAUUGGAGAUACUUCAAAUGCCAUGAGAACCCUUCACAACUACCACUCGAUAUGGCAACAAUAUGGAUUUCAGCCAGAGUUUUACUACAUGUCUCAGCAAGAAGCUGGAAGUGGUAAAGAGAGUUAUCCCUUGAGACCAGAAUUGAUUGAAUCAAUCAUGUAUUUAUAUAGAGCCACCAGGGACCCAUUUCUUUUGGAAGCUGGUGAAGAUAUUUUAAGGAGUAUUCAGCAUAGUUCUUGGACACCUUGUGGGUACGCAACUAUCAAAGACGUUCGAGACCACCGCAAAGAAGAUCGCAUGGAAUCGUUUUUCCUCUCUGAAACCACCAAAUACCUCUAUCUCCUCUUCGAUACGGACAAUUUCAUCCAUAACCAGGGCCAACACGGCACCUUAAUCAACACCCCAAACGGAGAGUGCGUAAUCGAUGCUGGCGGUUACAUAUUUAAUACGGAGGCGCAUCCCAUUGACCCCAGCGCCUUGCACUGUUGCCAUAACGUUCCCAACGAAAAUCUGGUCAAUUUUAAGGAGUUUGAAAAGUAUCGCGAUGUUUUCCGAGGAACGACUGUCAAGGAUGUUAGGAAAAAUAAGAAAGUUGAUGUUGACAGUGAGGAACUGCCGAAUAGGAGCUCUACGGUUAAUAAUUCGGAAGUUCAAAACGGCACGAGUGCGGAAACCGAUGGCGAAAAGAAGGUUUACGACAUGCAAAUGAUCCUGGAUAAACUGAGGAAGGAGAACAGGUAUCCUAGAAACGAAACUUGGGAGAAUAAGUAUGAGCUGUUGGGUUGCAAGGCCCAAAAGUUUUUGCAGAGGCUUUCCAUUGUGGGAGAGUUUUUUGAUUAAGGUUUUUGAUAAUUUUGUAUUUUUUAUUUAUUUUAUUUUUUUGUUGGUUUAUUGAAUAAGCAUUCCGGGGUAUUAAGUGAUAAAAUACAUGUUCAAAAGUAAAUAAUUUA